AUGGAAUUAUUCAAAGUUUCUUCGAUAUUUGCUCUAUUUUUCUUCUUAGACGUAACCUCAGCUUUAUAUUUCCACAUAGCUGAAGGUGAAAGAAAAUGUUUCAUAGAAGAAAUCCCGGACGAUACGACAGUUAUAGUGAAUUACAAAGUGGAGUUAUAUGAUCCGAGAUCUGGAGGUUUCAUGCCAUCGACCCCUGGCAUAGGUAUGCAUGUGGAGGUUCGAGAUCCCAAUGAUAAAGUGUUGAUGUCUCGUGUGUACUCGUCAGAAGGCAUGAUAUCAUUCACGUCUGUGACGCCGGGAGAGCACGUUAUCUGCAUGUACUCCAACAGCACAUCUUGGUUCAGUGGUUCCCAGCUCAGAGUACACUUAGACAUUCAAGUUGGUGAGCAUGCAGUGGACUAUGCCAAUGUGGCUCACAAGGACAAGCUGACAGAACUACAGCUAAGGAUCAGACAGCUGCUUGAUCAAGUACACCAGAUCACAAAGGAACAGAGCUAUCAAAGGCACCGUGAGGAGCGUUUCAGACAGACUUCAGAGAGCACAAACCAGCGUGUACUCUGGUGGAGUCUUCUCCAAACUGGUGUGCUUGUUGGCAUCGGUUACUGGCAGAUGAGACAUCUCAAGAGCUUCUUUGAAGCCAAGAAAUUAGUCUAA